UUUUAUUUACAAAACUCACGCGGUACCAGCAAUCAAAACAAUCUUGUUCAAAGCAGUCGUUUCAUUUAUGUGCGUGCUAUUCUUGUAAAAAAACAAUGGAAGUUGAACCAAUUGUGCAAGAUGUAGCAGUCGAUUCGAAGCUAGACACCGUGGAAGAGAUCCAAGAAGCAGUGGAGGUCUCGGAAAAACCUGUAGCCGCUAAGGAAAACGAGUAUGCCUACCUCGAUGCAACCGGCUUUACGUCCGAGCGGUUUAAAAUUGAAGUCAGAAAUCUACCGAAGCACUAUGGCAUAAAUGAAUUGAAAAAACUGCUCAACGUAAAGCUUGGACUUUCAACGAACAAAAUCAAAGUCCUGCGACCGGGAUGUCCGUUUCUGUUCGUUUGCUUCCGUGAUGAUACCGAACGGCAAACGGCCAUUAAAACACUCGACGGCUUCGCUUGGAAAGGUAAAACACUACAAGCAUUUGAAGCGAAACCAGCACCGGACCCAUUGGUAAAGCGACGGAAUGAAGCAUCCGGAGUGGAUGGAACUAUUAGCGUGAAGAAGCGUAAGACACUGGAGGAGACCGUCACUGCCUUAGCGCAUCUCAAUUACGAGGAUCAACUGGUUCAGAAACAAUCCGAAGUGAGAAAUAUACUAACCACAUUUGGUGGUGAAAUUUGGAAGACUUGUCCUUCGCUGAGAGGACACGUGGAGGCACAACGCAAGAAGUACGAUGGAAUGCCCUGUCAGCUGGAGACCAUUCGCGAAUCUCCCCAAACUGAUGGAUAUCGAAACAAGUGUGAGUUUUCUGUUGGAAAAAAUGCACAGGGCGAAACGCGGGUCGGCUUUCGAGUUGGGAGUUAUUCCAAUGGGUUCAUUGAAGUAGAGUCGCCUGAGAAUUUGAAAAACAUUUCGGAUAAAAUGAAAGCUACUGUAAAAAUUUUCGAGGAGUAUGUUCACCAGUCAAAGUACGAAGUGUACAGUCCGGAAACGUAUCUUGGGUACUUCAGACAGUUAACGAUUCGCACAUCUAGUUCGACUGGGGAAGUAAUGGUUGUUGUUGGAAUUCACCAACAAUCGCUUGAUAAGGAGGAGUUGAAAGAACUCAAGCAGUCUAUUGUCGCUUGUUUCACAUCAGAAAAGGCCAAAGAGGUCGGUAUCAGUUCAGUUUAUUUUGAACGUAUAGAGAAACGGAAGCCUGGUCAGAAUGUGAAUCAGAUUGACCAUCUGCACGGCGAAACUCACAUUGUGGAUUCGAUUCAUGGACUAAAGUUUCGUAUUAGUCCGCUAGCUUUCUUCCAGAUAAACACACUUGGAGCCGAGGUACUCUACAAAUGUGCUAUAGAGUUGGCAGAGGCUACAAUACAAACAUCCGUUCUGGAUAUUUGUUGUGGAACCGGAACAAUCGGACUGUGUUUCGCAAAGUAUUGCAAGCAGGUUUUGGGUGUGGAAAUUAUCCCACAAGCUAUCGAAGAUGCCAAGUACAAUGCUGAACUGAAUGGGAUUGAGAAUUGCAAAUUUUUCUGCGGCAAUGCUGACGAUUUAAUUACAUCUUUGAUUAAAAAUGCGAAAAUUCAGCCCGGAGAGAAUUUGGUUGCGAUCGUGGAUCCUCCACGAGCAGGACUUCAUAUUCGAUCCAUAACACAGCUGCGGAACGCUCGUGGGUUGAAUCGGCUGGUGUAUGUGUCCUGUUCGCCACGUAGUGCCAUAAAAAAUUGGGUCGAUUUGAUGCGUCCGUGUUCGAAAGCAAUGCGAGGUGUUCCGUUUGUGGCUAAGAAAGCCAUGGCGGUGGAUAUGUUUCCACAUUCGCCGCACGUUGAAUUGGUGGUACUGUUUGAACGUGAGCCGGAAAAGGAAGAAUUGUGUCAGCAGACCGAAUCCAACGAGGCUGGGGAUGGAGAGGAUGAGAAGGACGUGACGGACAAUUCACAGAUUGGAGAUAGCACGGAAUAAGUUGCACAAUUCGAUGGAACGAGUCAGUCUUUUAUAGGUAUAGCAUUGGAACUUGAAUUUAAGAUAUGCUAUUGAAUAUUUUUCAAAUGAAAGUAUG